AUGCGGCAACUGAAUGAGGAGCCUCCUGGGCAGCAGGUGGCAACGAGUCCCGCGGGAAGGUCCCGCGGUGCGGAGGGGGGCUCGGCGACAAGAACUCCUCCUGGGAAAGCGGUGCGGGAGGAUCGGGAAUGGCAGGAGGAGGAUGUGACGGCGGCAGAGGCUGCUGUGGAGACUGAGGCGGCACUGGCGGAACCUGCGGUGGUGGCGGCUGCUGAGGCACCGGUUGGAGGCGCUGAGACAAGGGCGGCGGAGGCUGCGACAUCGGCAACGGCUGCAGCUGGGAUUGAAGCGGAGCCGGAGUUGGCUGCCGAGUUAGCCGCUGCCUCUGGCGCCGACUCAGCUUCGCACCGUGAAGCGGGCCCGGCUGCGGUGCCGCAUUCUGAGGUGGAGGGACUGGCGGUGGAGCAAGAACGGGCAACGGAGGCGGUGGUGCUUGCGCCACGGGCACCGACAGCUGCUCUAUCAGCUGCUAAGCGGGAGUGGACGUGGGCCCAGCCGAGGGAGAUGUGA